GAUUUCCCAAGUCAUAUCUACCAGACACAAGUAGAUGUUUGCUUCACAGCUUUUGAGAAUACUUCAGACUCUACCAACUGAUGCAGACCACGGAGGCUGCAUCCUUGACACACCUUACGAAAAGGCUAUCAUGAAGGACAAUCAGAACGGGGGCUUAAGUCGCUCGAAUCGCUACAAGGAAGCAAAUUCUUUAGCCUUUCCAACAGAAGACUUUCUUGAUUCAAAUGGAUAUGGCAGUCGUAAAGAAACAUUGGCAUGUGACACAAAAGAUAGGGAUAACUUAUGGAAGGUUUCAGAACUUUAUGAAUCUGUAUUUUUCGACGAUAUUUCCAGAAGCAACAACGAUAAAAUUAGAGCUUCAACUGUGGAGAAUGAUCUGAAUGAAGCCUUGCCCAACAUAAUCACUUCCAGGAGAUACGGAAAUCCGUUUGCAUAUGAUACAAAAGAUAGAGAUCAACAAUGGAACACCCCGGAAUUUGAGUGCUCAGUGAUUUGUGAUUUCCUUGAUGAGAAAGAAAAGGGAUCUAUUUUCUCUGAUGCUCCAUUUAUUGAGACAGACACAGAGUUAUAUACCGAGAAGCGUAUUAAGGAAUAUGAGUUGCCUGAAUUGAUUGUUUGCUAUAAAGAAAGUAACUAUAACAUUGUUAAAGACAUAUGCGUGGACAUGAGCAUACCUGUGGCGGAUACAAUUCUAACUGAAAGUUGGAACAAUGCUCAACCAGGCACAUAUGUUUCUAUACCAGCUGAUGAAGACCAGCACAGUAACACAUCGGAAAGUGCUGAUAUUGAAUCGUGCUCUCCAGGUGGAUCUAAAUCAUCUGUAGAAUAUGAAAACAAUGAAGAAGAGUAUACUGAGUCACCCGUUCCAAAUGGUUUGAAUCCCACCUCAGAAGAUAAUGGAAACGAAGAUGCUGACAGGGAUACUUAUCUGGAGGAUUUGAUACUGAUUUUUGGACCAAAAUCUACAAGAAGGUGGAAAUAUACUAAUCUAUCUGAAAUUGAUUCAUCUGCGGAAGAGUCUGGCAUUGAGAAUUCUCAACAAUCUAAUUUUGAUAGUGAUCAAACUGCCCAGCAGCCUGAUCUGAUUCCUAAUGAGGAAGCAGCCCUAGAAAGCCAAAAUGCAGUAUCAGCAGUCAAUAAUGAAGCAGAGAACAGUGUGCCAGCUACCGACUUAUUCUACAACAGCAAGUUGGGAACUGAAGCAAUUAUUUUCGACUUCAACUCAACUAAGCCAGCAUCAACUAGCAACAUGGUGGACCAAGGUGUCAAAAACUUUCCUGAACCGUCCCUCAGAUUAGAGGCCAGUACCGGUCACAAGGAUGGUACCUGUAAUAGUCUCUCAGAUGCCAGUCAAGUGCAUAUUUAUAACAGUAACAAUGUUCAUGGACAAUACCUUGAAUCCCAAUACGUGGCGAAUCUUGAGGAUAAAUCAUUGGGCGGUCUUCUACUUGAUAGUCAUGGUCAGUUUGCUGACGGGGAGGCAAGUUUUUCUGCAUUAGGACCUGAUAUUGUUUACUCAGGGCGUAUGUCAUAUUGUGAGAGCAGUUCUCUUGGAUCAGAUGGAAGCACAACUAGUACCGGAUCCUUUGCCUUUCCAAUCUUACAAUCUGAAUGGAACAGCAGUCCAGUAAGAAUGGGGCAGGCAGAAAGCAGCCACUUUCGGAAACACAAACGUUGGAGGCAGGGCAUUCUCUGUUGCAGAUUCUAACAUUCUGCUAUUUCCUUUUAUAGGGUUGCUAAUUCAAAAAUAUACAUCACUUAACCUUAAAAUUAUGAUUCUUUCUUAAUGCAAGUAUACAUAGCCAACUAGCCAUAUUCUCCACAAAUGCUAGGGGUGGUAGGUUUACAGGUCUUCUUUCCGUUUUGUGGUCUUAAAGAUUGAAUGAAUCAAAAGUAAAACCUUUUUGUCAC